AUGAAGACCAAAAUCUCCUUCAGGGAACAGCUCGCUGGGUUCCCGGUAUGGCAGACCUCAGUCAUAUCUAUGAUCAGGUUCUCCGAGCCGAUUGCCUUCACCUCUUUGUUUCCUUAUAUGUACUUCAUGGUCAAGGACUUUGGAGUUGCCGAGACUGACGAGGAUAUUUCAAAAUAUUGCGGUUAUAUCUCAUCAGCUUUUGCCUUUUUCCAAUUCCUAUGUUCCGUACACUGGGGUCACUAUGCGGAUGUCAUCGGUAGAAAGCCAGUGCUGCUUAUUGGAUUACUCGGAACUGGCUGUUCCAUGUUGGCUUUCGGAUUUUCCUCUAGCUUUUGGAUGGCUUUUGCUUCAAGAGCGUUUAUGGGUGCUAUCAAUGGGAAUGUUGCAGUUAUAAGAACCAUGCUUGGAGAAGUGGCCUCUGACCCCAGACACACAGCUUUGGCUCUCAGUCUAGUACCGUUACUAUGGCAGGUAGGAUGCAUUAUUGGGCCCCUAAGUGGAUAUUUGGUCAAUACUGAUCGAGCUUCAUCAUCAGCCACAAGCAUUGUCGUCAGAGAUACAUGGAUGCAUAAGUCUGUAUCUUACUUGGUUCCUUUGGCUAAGAGGUCUGCUUUCCACGAGUUCACUGAAAAGUAUCCCUACGCCCUCUCCAAUAUUGUUGUCGCCUAUUUUAUUUUCAGCUCGUUGUUGAUAGCCAUUCUUUUUUUGGAAGAAACUCACGAAACCUUAAAAUAUAGACGCGAUUAUGGAUUAGAGAUCGGUGACAGAAUCAGACGGCAUUUUGGCUAUACGGUUGAAACCAGAUCCUGGAACAGGUAUACGAGAGUUACCGAAAAUGACAUCCACUUCGAUACUUAUGAGCUCAAUUCGAGUGCCUCUAAUGUUUCUGAAUCGGGUUCUGGUACUGAAAACCAAAUGGGAACGAAACAUCAAAAGCACUCAGACACAUCUUAUCCAUGGCGCAAGCUUAUGACCUCGAAGGUAUUUUACGCUCUACUCUCCAACUUUAUUAUGGCAUUUCACACCAUUGUUGCUGAUGAGCUCUUCCCUGUGUUUUGCUCUUCGAGUAUCGCUCGAACAGACCCCUCUGACCCAAUGUCCCCAUUGCUGUCGAAAUUCCCCCAUAUUGUAGGUGGAUUGGGAAAAGACUCCAAACAGGUUGGAAAUGUUUUGUCGAUAACAGGACUUGUUGGUGUCAUUGUUGUCGUGUUUGUGUAUCCAUAUUUGGACCGAAAGUACGACGCUUUGACAUCCUAUAAGGCGUUGCUAGUCCCAUUCUCUGCGAUAUAUGCCUUAAUUCCGUUUUUGGUAUUUACCUUGACUCCGAACUAUCCCACUACACAGACCAGUAUGCACGCCAUUUAUGCCAUAUCUUUCGCAAAAACUAUAUUGGGAUCAUUAGGUUUCCCUCAGAUAUUCUUGCUGGUUCAUGAAAGUGCUGAACCAGGCUAUAGAGCUUUUAUCAACGGCAUGGCUUUAAGUUUCACGUCCUUUGCCAGAUUCCUUGCUCCAACCAUCUGGGGUACUAUCAUGAGUUUUUCACAAGCUCACGGAAUUGCCUGGUUUACAUGGUGGAGCUUGGGAGCAGUUGCAAUUUGUGGUAACUAUGUCACUUCAUUUAUAUCACCCAUUGCCGUGAAUCUUGAUGAGCAUGAUGACAUCGAUUGA